AUGGUACUUUCAGACCAUGCUAGUGCACUCUCAUGGUUUGAGAAUGCAUAUCUCCGGAAUGUCAUUUCAUUCGAGAAACAAUCAUCGUCAAAUAGCAGCAUGCUAAUCCCAAGGACUGACACAGAAAAUGGGGUUAAUCAUUAUGCAUGCUAUGACUCAAACACAACCCCUGAAUCUGUGCUUACUGGUGGCAUGGGGUCAUUUGAUGUACAUAGUUUUCCAACUUUAAAGAACAACAAUAUAAUCGGAUCAGCAAUGUGGGUAACAAAUCAGAAAAGGGGUGACUAUAGUAGCAUCAACUCUGCAAGCGCCGGAUGGGAAGUUAACCCGUUCAUAUAUGGUGAUAGCAAAACACACUUCCAUACUCUAUGGACGGCUGAUGGGUAUAAAUCGACUGGAUGCACAAACUUGGAAUGUGAUGGUUUUGUGCCCGUAAAUUAUGCUCCAAUUACUCCAGGAGAUACGAUAGAGGCAAACGGUGGACAAACGAAAUUCACGAUCAAGAUAUUUAAAAGUAAAGAUGAUGGUGAUUGGUGGUUGCACUUUGGCUAUGAUAGCCAAAACCUUAGCCGUGUGGGAUAUUGGCCCAAACGUAUUUUUAAUAAUAUGGCGGACCAUGCCAAUCUCAUUACUUGGGGUGGUUUCACUCGAUCGUCUGUUGGUGAUGCUAGUCCUGCAAUGGGAAAUGGGCAAUGGCCCGGAGAAACAUCAGCAUUUAUUCGGGACAUCAAAUACGUGAAUACUAAUGGCCAAGCUGACUCGGAACCGGGCCUUCGUGCUUAUUUAUCUCACCAUAAAUGCUACGGCUUGGGCCCAUUUAUCAAUGAUAUGUUCUCUUAUGGAGGACCUGGAGGUUGUACAAAGUAA